AGAAAAAUUGAAAAGAAAUAAUCAUGGUUGGAUGGUACUUAGCUAGCUAUUCUACAUAAAUGCAAGACACAGAAAGCUCGAUUCAAGCUGAUUCAUACUUGUAAGGAUGGACUGCAGUCAGAUCUUGCCUGGAGCAGUCAGCCCUGGGCAGUGCUCGGUUGCAACAGGCAGCUAUGCAGCACACCCCUUUAUUGUGUAUGCCUCUGGCAAGGACGUUGUCAUCUUGGAUGGUACUCUCAGGCAUUUGCAGACCAUUCUUGGUAGUAGCCGUGGUUACUGUGACGUGAGUGUGAGUUGUGUGGACUGCUCGGAGACCUCGGGACAGAUUGCGGCUGUGUGGGGCUGUGAUGUCGUGUUCCUCCAGCCUAUACCCAAAGAGGACAUGGGGGUGGACAGUGGGACAAGAGUCAGUAGUGAUUUCCCGGGCCAAUGGGAGGUCUCCCACACUCAAGUGCUCAGCUUCCCCCCAAAGUCCGUAUCUUGGAACAGAGACGGCUCUCAACUCCUUGUGGGGGGCAUGUGCAUCUCGUUAUGGUCAUGUGAUCAGGACACGAACGCCAGUAGUAGUGAGGGUAUGAGAGGUGUGGAGUGGGCGGAAGUGUGGAAAUGUGAUAUGGGACGGUCUGUCGUGCAUCUCAAGUUCUCACCUGACGGAACGUUCUUUGCAUCUGCAGGAGAGAAUGAUUGCUUUAUUAAGAUAUGGUAUCAGUCGUUCCCCUAUGCCGGGGGUCUGGGCUCGUCCAAGAUGUUCUCGUUUGCGUACAUCGCUCACCCCCAGACAAUCACUGGUUUCGAAUGGAGGCACACCAGCACUCACAUGCCAAGAGGCUACGUUCCCAACGUCCUACUAUCCUACUGCAAGGACAAUGUCUGCCGACUGUGGAGCCAUAGCGUCAACUCCAGGGAACAGAAGCACUCAAGCGAACAGAGAUACACACUUCGAUUUUUCAUUGCCGCUUCUAUUGAUCCCAUUUCGGACAUUCCGUUUCGAACUACCCUCCCUGUCAACGAUGACCUGCCCUUUGCCGUACACUGGCUUAACAACAAGAGCACUGCUUUUACCAACAAGGCCGAAAAAUUCCAUGCCGGUGCACUUAUGCCGAUGUCGCGCUUCGGUUCCCUGCUGAGUUUUGCCUCGAGUAUAAAUGACGAAAUGCUCCAAAGUUGGGUGUGUGUCGACGAUCGAGAGCAACCUAUUGUUCCAAAUGCAGGUCAAAGUUCGCAUGAAGGGGAAGCCCCCAAAAAACCACACUCGUACUCGCUCUCAAACUUCUUGUCUCUAAACAAAAGCUCUUCAGUUGCUCACAAACCGACCAGCUCCUUACAAGAGAACCGAGCCUCCGAGCAUAAGAGAGCGUUGGCACAUCUCAUGGAUGACUGGAACUCGUCACCUGACCUCCUCCUCUGUAUCCACCCAACGGCCGGCUCGCUCAUGGUGUGGACUGUGGAGGGUUUAGACGCGCCCCCACACUCGUCUCGUCUCGUACACGUCUCCUUCAGCUCCUGUCUCCCUCAUAUCUUCCCGCCACAUCUCUCGCAGUCCCUCAGGCAAAACCUUCUCCAGUUCAUCAUCAAAGAGCCCGAGGCCGUACAGACAAAAGUAGCCACGUCUGGCGGCGAAACUGUGUCCAAUAUGAGUCUUCCGGUUCCAAGUAUUCGAUUACCCGGAACAGGAAUGGGAAUUGUGGAUGGACUGAAAAAUUCACCCAAGUAUAAACCGGAAUCGACGCUUUAUCUGAUUUCGAGUCACAUGAACGGAUCUCUCCACACGUGGUCAGUGGAGCUUACUCCUCAAUCUAAUUACAGCACGUCAAUAGCGGGUCUGAUCCAUUGUGGAGGUACUGGGGGGCAUCAUCGCAAGGUCCACUCUAUCCAGCGUCACCCCUGGUUACCAGUCGUCAUGACAGUCUCCUCACAGGAAAUGUCCGAUAAUGGAGAUAACAAAGACAAAGCAAAGAAUCCAACAAACAGUGUCCCCCCUCAAGGCAACAAAGAAAUACCUAAGGGUCCUACGAAUGUUGCAAGCGAAUUGAUAAUCUGGAAUGCCGAUCUACCCGGACCACUGCAACAUAAGAGCCGACUCAAUGAACUGUGUCGAAUGCUGUCAACCGAUCCCACGGACUUUAAACUAGUAACCUGGGUGCCCCCAAUCUCCGUGGGGAGUGGUGUCAAGGACGUGUUUGCAAGGUGUCCUUCGUCUGGAAUAUUUGUGGCCAAUAUCGGACAAGAACUCUGUCUCUUUCAAACGUCCCUCUACUGCGUGACGAAAUCUUCGUCUGGUAUGACCCCCCAUUCUAGUUUGGGUAAAGGUCUCGAUGCAAACUCUGGGGGGCACUCAAUGACGGUGACGUCACAGUUGGGCAAAGAGGGGGUGUGCAAGAUCGAUGUGGUGAUAGACGAUAUCUCAAAGUACGAGGACAUUGUUGGAUUGCAUUCGUUUCGUAUGUGCUCUCUAGUGACAUCAUUUGAUAUCAAGAAAUCGCUCGAUUCGACAUUUUACAAAGACGUGGUGAUUGUAGUGCUCGAAAACAGAGCACAUGUUCAUCUUAAGACAGACACACCCAUUUCCCGUGGCGUGAAGACAUUUGUACAUAUGUGGCAGGUUACCCUUCUCCAAGAUAAAUCCGCUACUUCUCCCACCAAGAGUGCGGUAUCGACCUCCCUACCUUACAAGUCAUCGAUCGUUCAGGUAUACUCAGGGGAACUCCCUUUGUUACAUGGAAGCCAUGUGAUCCACUCGUCACCAGCAUGUGACGUGUCCAGCUCGCUGCAACUCCAACUCCCAACUCUCUCAUCUCCGUUCCUGUUCACAACGGCUUCUUCGGACGGCUCUGUCCAAUGUUGGCAGUUUUGCAGAAAACCGAAAAAAGACCAAACGAUAGCUGAAGACAACAAACUGUUCGAUUUUGAGCUCUACGAAGUAUUUGGUUCGUCCAGCACACCGUUAGCCCCCCCAGACAAUUCCAUCUCUACCAAGUGUCUGGACUGCAGCGAUGAUGCAACUAUCAAAGCCCUGCCCACUACCACACCCAUCCCCUGUGCCAUAUCCAGUGCCUACCCCGGACGAUUUGCUCUCGCUCAUCAACUGUUGAGACCCCUGUCACAUGAUCAGCGGCCCUUGUCACCAGCCGGCCCUAACACACUGGACCAACACGCAGCUGUCACGAUAUGGGAAUGUGAAUCGUCAGGGGGAUUGAAAUGGAACUGUGAGGCUACUCUAUCUCUAACUGGUGCCUCAGGGGUAUUAGCAGGAACGUCCAACGUACCCCCCACAAGUGUGAUGAUGGAUUGGGUUCCCAUGGAAAACGGGGCUUACUUGUUAGCCACGUGUUUCGCUUCAACUGUUUCGAUAUUCGGAAUGAGGCUGCCUCGAGGGGAAGACGAAUUUAUGACCGCUAACAAGCAGAAAGGAUUUACGUCCCAAGCAAACACACUUAUUAAAACUGGAACACAAGCUUCUUGGCAAUGCCUUGUUCAAUUUCCAUGCUCGCAACCGAGUCUUGGUCUAACGAUUAGAUGCUUUGCGUAUACUGGUAGUAACAGUCUGGUGCUGAGUGUGGACAGUGAGAUGCAUCUGUACUCUUGUUGGGUGAGAGAGGAUCGGUUGUUCCCGCUACUAAACAAGAGCCAAGUUGCCACAGUAACGAAUCAAAUCAGUCAAAUGUUCCACAAGCCGUCACCCCCAAGUAAUGUCAGUGACGAAACAAAACUGGUGAAUUUAUUGGACUAUGCCCACGCUGUCAAUACUCCGUUGCCUCAGUACCAUCCAAAGAUACUCAUUGAACUUAUGAACUCUGGAAAACUCAAAUCUGUGAAAGCCAUUUUAGUGAACCUUGUUAAAUAUCUACUACUUUAUUCACAGAAGAAGAAGCCUAAGGGCAACUAUUUUGAGGAGGGCGGGCUUGAAGCUAUCUACGAGGAGAGCGGGGAAGUAGAAGAUGUCCGUCGAAAGAGACUUUUAUCUGUGUCCUCCGAUGGUAUCCUUCGAAGAAGCCGAAAAAUUGACCCCAAAACAAUCGUAGAGCGUGUCCCUCGCCUAUCCCUGGCUAAAAUGGGAAUUUUGACGGCACAAGACGAAGCCCCCCCUGAGGCACUGGAGGAGAAGGGGGGUGGUCUGUCACAGAACAACGCUGCUGAAGAUAAAGCGUACGAUGAACUGUUCACCACCAAAACUCUGACGGAUACAGAUGCAUUCAUGUAUGGCUACGAAGAGGAGGACCAGGUUGAUUUAUCUUUUGCUGAUCUCGAGCCUGGGAGCGACGAUUUCACGCCCGAACUAGCCAAGCAGCUGUCUGCGAUACUUCGUUACGCUCAGCUCAUGAACCUUAGCGAUCUAGAGCAAGUGAGAUUGCUAGCCAUCGCCGCGACUGUUGCUAACACAAAGAGGAGUUUCGGUGAACGUACACACGGCACGGAAAGCUCCACCCACUCUACAAACUUGGCUUUUGAUCUUGGAACUACGGCAGGAAGUGGUUACGCCUCCUCUGGUCUAUCUCACGGAGUCGGGGGUGGCGAAGCAAUGGACGAUUGUGGAUUACGCUAUCUCUUAGCUCUGCAAAACUACACCACACUGUCGGAAUCGCUACCCUCGAGUGUCACGGCUGAUCGAUUGCCGACAUCCGAUUUCAUCUGGGCCUUUCACUCUGAGGCGGAGACUGAAUUGUUAGCGGCGAUACCGUGUGUACAGGAGGACAAGCUGAUAUGGGCGGAGCUUCGUGAUGUGGGGGUGGGCUGGUGGCUGAGGAGCAGUGACAAGCUGCGACUACUCAUUGAAAGGCUGGCAAAGGCUCAGUUCAUGUACCAUCAAGACCCUCUCGAUGCCGUGCUAUUCUACAUUGCCAUGAAGAAACAGUCGCUUGUCAGAGGACUCUUCAAAACAACUGGAGACCAGAAAAUGGCAACUUUCUUUGCACACGACUUCUCAGAGUCUCGCUGGAAGACAGCUGCCCUAAAAAACGCCUUUGUUCUCCUGGGGAAGCAACGUUUCCAAGAGGCAGCUGCUUUUUUCCUGCUCGCUGGUAAACUAUGGGAUGCCGUAGAGGUGUGUGUGGAUCGCCUUGGAGACCUACAGCUGGCAUUUGUGACUAUACGGCUAUACGAAGGUGACCAUGGACCUAUCUAUCGUCAAUUUAUCAAUGAGUUCAUCUUGGGGUUGCCUGACGACCAGACCCUGUCUCACACUCGUCUGGAGCCAAGUCCGGACCCUUUCCUGCGAAGUAUUGCCAGCUGGCUCAUGCAAGACUAUUCCGCUGCCUUGGAUACGCUUUUGCUGAGUCAGCAAGCCUCUCAAAGAGAUCCGGACAGGAAGAUUGUUUUCAAACCUGCCAUUUUCAAUUUUUACUUUUUCCUCCGCUCAAGUCCACUGCUAAUUAGAAGAGACCUCAGUACUCAGGUGACGUCGACGCUUUAUCAGAGGCAAUCACUCAACCCCUCACAGUCGGGCAAGAGCAGUACCGGUCUCAGCAAUGUGGGGGACGAACCUCUUACCCCUGCAGAGAGAAACCUCCUCUUUAGUACUGCCUACCACUACCUCUCUCACGGCUGCCCUCUGUUGGCUCUCAACGUCUUAUCAAGACUGCCCAAAUCGUGCUCCCUCGGUUCCGAAGUGUGUACUGUUUGCAUUUUAAAUUCUGACUCUAAGACAGCUUCAACUGAAGGAGGAGUCUCUUCCGGUGCGUUGCCAGUGGAUACGGGGGCAAAGUCAGUGGCCGGGAUGAUUGAGAGUGGUACUAUCGGAGACGCUUUCGGAUUUGGGGGGUCAAAGACUACUCAGGGGGGUGGUAAUGACGAUGAUUUUGAUUGGUCCCAGCCUGCGUCUACCAAUCGCUUUAAGGAAGAUGAGGACGAUUUUGAUUGGUCGAAACCAAUUACUAGUAACCGUUAUCAAGACGACGAGGAUGAAUUUGAUUGGUCGAAGCCGAUAUCUACUGGAAAAUUCACGAAUGGCGAAAUCUCGCCCCUCACGUUAGAGCUCAGUCCUGAUUUGAGUGAUAAAGGGGAGGAGGAAGCCGACGGAUUAUUUCUGGACCAUCAAGAGGAGAUGCGAACGAACCCGUCAAGCUCCACCCUCUCCACUCACGGCUUGUUCAUCUUGAGUCUAGCCGAGCAGCUGCAAUACAACGCCUGUCUCAGUAUUCUCACCGAAGAGCUGAUAACGAUCUAUGUCCCAGCCUGCUGUCAAUACCUCUGGACCACUAAGGGAAAGGACUCUCUCCCUUUGUUGCCUCUACCGAAAGCCGGCAAAGACGCAAGACAGACGCUAGCCUCACACUUCGAAGGCAAUGUGUUUGAGAAGACCAUUUUGAAUCUUAGAGCACUUUUGGUGACUUGGCUGAAAGAGGAGACAAAAUUGGUCAAGGAUAUCUGCGGGUUCGAAGAAGCCGUUGAGGACGCUGAUGAACAAGAUGGCGGCGUCACCACUGCUCCAGCCGGCUAUGACCUACUCACCACUCUCAUGAACUACGUGUCUCUCCACGCGGCCACCAGCCCCAGUCUACACACUAUCCAUUUAGAGCUCAUGCAUUUAAUGAAUACUCUAUUACCAUGGAGUACUGGAGCACUGGACAUUGAGCCCACCCCCCUUGCAUUGACCACACCCAACUGUGCCGUAGAUCCGUCCCAACUCCCUAUUCUCACCUCGAGUUAUCUACCAGCUAGACAUCUGACUAAUCUGACACUACAUCUUCGUCUAAUGUCGGCGAGGAUCGUAACCAUUCUGAGUGAGCACACGUACCCUCCGAUAUUCACUCAGGCGUUACCACACGUAGGAAAAGUGUUUGAGUUGUGCUGUGCCCUUUCCAGCUGUAUGAGCGUCUGUCUGAGUCCGACACGGUUCACUGACUUCACCUCCGUGGGUACAGCUAUGAUGACCUCUGAACUCACACCAUCGCCCAACCUCACAGACUCAGGAACCCACCAACAGACUGGCGGGGGGUCCCCUUAUGUUGGAAGAGCUUUUCCAGACCACACCCUCACCCGGCCAAACACAAAGCCGUCCAAUUGGCCGGGUAUUAGCGACUGGCCGAGCACGCUCAGUUCAGACGAGGGCAAAGACCCCACCCCCCUCAGCCUGGUUCUGGUUGAGUGCCUCGUGACUGUGUACCUGGGCCUGUUCUCUGCUGCCUGGUCCCAGCACUCCAUCACAGACCUCCUCCUUUUGUUAAAGAACAGGCCCUCAGGGGAUAUGUGGUAUGACGCUUUCGGAGGGGGAAUCGAUAUCAAAAAAGACGAUAAAAUGCAGCGAGCCAUGUCCAGGAGCAAACUGAUUCAGAGCGUGGAAAAUAUGGCUCUUAAAUUCAAGAAGCUUCGUCGAUCUUCUAGCGUUGAAGCCCCCCUAGUUGAGACUGCCCCAAAGCUGUUUGUACCUCCGCAAAAGACGUUGCUAGAUUGUUAUCUCACCGUGCCGAAGGUUGAAGGUCGUUCCCGUGACAACUCACUGGCAUUGGAAGAGGGGUACUUUGUGUGUGGUAUUGACGAGGACGAGGACACAGAGACUGAGACUGAGGACCUGGAAGACUCAGGUGACCAUAUUUCUGUGGGUGUGGAUGGUCCGAUGUUUCGUGUGGGGUCAGUAGGGUCGGAGAUGGACAGCUCAGCAAGUGGUACCCAUAACGACCCCAACAGCUUCGCCUGGUGUCUCAUGAAUCUGGGUGUGUCCAAACUGCUCAUGGCCUCAGUAAGGAAGGUGCUCUCAACUGCGGGGGUGGAGGUUAUAGAGUUGAUAACAGCCUCCCCCCUCCUCUACUCCACGCUCAAACUGCUGGAGGAGUGGGAGUCCAUCUUCACCAAGCGUCUAGACUCUCUGGGGCCGGUACCAGACGACUUCUUUGCCCGAGGGGACGACCCGGUCCUGUUCCAGGUGGGACCAGCACUCACACGGCAGAAGUUCAUUCUGGAGCCAGAGAAUUCACCAUUCAGUGGCAAGUCCAAGCAAGCCAGACAAGCCAAGCACCUGUGGCAGUAUCUGGUGCACAGAGAUGAGGUCCUGGAGACUUUCAUACACCAUCUCUUCAAGUCCAAGCCACAGAAGGGACAGUCCCCAUCUCGAAGCCUGGGUAGUUUGACUGAGGAGGAUGACGAAGCUUCGUUAGAGAAGUCACAUAGUCGACUCCCCGUUACCUCUGAGUGCAGAGUGGUGUACAAGGAACAUGACAGCACCAUCGGUUCAUUCUGCGUCAACUCUGGCUCCCAGAUGAGCAACACUGUACUGGCACUGGCCCUCAGCAGAGAGGUCAUUGAGAUUGAGGUACCAGACACCUCCCUACUGGACACACUUCCUGAGGGGGAGGCGGGGCCUAGUCCUGGCUCCACCCCCAACAGAAGUCUGAGCAUGCCGUUUCAGAAGGAGGACUUUGUGAUGAUCCAGUCCAAUCGUAUGAAGAAGCCACAAAGCUCCGCCUUCCUCUCGGGUCGUCUCUCCCUGUCCACCUUCACCCAUCCCUCGGCCACAUCCAUCACACACUCACAGACUGGCCAGAGCUCAAGUCUGGUGAGGAGGUUGAUGAGGAGGAACGUGGUUGGAGUGCGGAGAAUGGCACCCCACCCCACUCUGGCUUAUUAUCUGACUGGCUGUAUGGAUGGCUCCGUGGUGAUGUGGGAGUUUGGUAACCCUCGGCCAGUCUCCACCCAGAUUCCCCCGGGCUCUGGGGCCAGCGUCACCAUGAUACGAUUCACUCCAGAGGGAAACAAAUAUGGAGUGACUGACAACAGUGGCAAGCUGUCGCUAUGGCAAGGGAUACACACAGCUGCCCGCAAGCCCUACCACUCUCUCUACUCUGGUAUGAAACACCUCAGUGACUUUCUGUUCCUCGGCUCCUCUAGUUUCAUAGCAACCUGUGGGGACGGCAGUGACAACAGACAUGUUUUCCUGUGGGACACACUUUUACCGACAAAGUCAAGUGUUGUGAAAGAGUUUGUGUGUCAUGAAUCCGGUGUGGUUUCCCUCGGUUACUCGCGAGCCAAACAGCGGCUGUUUUGUGGUGACAGACGAGGAGAAGUGCUCAUAUUCGACCUUCGGCAAAUGUGUCUGUUACAGAGUCUGACUGUUCAUAGCUCAGCUGUCAACAGGAUCGUCGUGGACGAUAUCGAUGGUUUUAUUGCCACUGGCUCUGCUGAUGGGGACAUCAAGGUUCUGGACAGCAAUUCAUUUGAGGAGCUCGCCUCGUACCCAGGCCUCCACGCCAAGUCCAGACUCUUCCGACAGACGGAAGGAGGCGUAACCGACCUGGGAAUAUUGCCUGGGGGUAGAUUGUACUCUUGUGGUGCGGACGGUAGUGUGAAAUGUCAAACUGUAGUGUUAUGAUUUUGUGUGUGUUUGUGUUCUGUAUAAUACGUUUUGUGCCCACUAUAUAUCUGAGUGAGUUUGGAUUCAAAAUGUACAUUUCUCGAUCUACAAAA